AUGGUCUACCCGAUCUACAGUGCAAUGCCAUUCUCUAGACCAUUGGAGGGAAUAUAUGUUCAGCUGCUGCAGUUAUGCUCACCUCUAGUUCGAACAUGCUUUGGCUGCUCCCAGUCACUUAAACCUCAUGGGGCAAUUGCCAUAGAGCCGUACGAUCUGGUAUUAGUGACAAAGAUGAAUAGGGAAUGGCCAGAUAAGAUUACAGGAGAGAGACGCCAGAGUUUCCAGAAU